AAUUUUUGUGGUAAGUAUUGGCAUAUUCAUAAGCAUAUAGCAUCAAAGUUUUCAAUUAAUUUUAGUGUAAAUUUGAUAAAAACGAGGGGCAUUAAUGUAGUUUCAUUUCAAAAGGAAAAGACAAAAAAAAAAAAAAAGUUGGAGUUGGAACAAAAUUCAAAUUUAAACGUUCACUUGAUCCGACGUGGCAAAAUUGAACAAAAGAGGGUUCCCUCCACUUAUGAGACCAACACCAUAAAAGAAAGAAACAAUAUUAUAGCUGCAGCCAUAGUCCCCCGGACCCCAUCUCUGCGAAAAACCGGUGUUGUUGUCCUUUCAGAUCCGAUCUCAAACGCCAAUCCCCCACCCUAAGUUACCGUGUUCCCUCAACAUCCUCCGAAGAUGAUGAAGAAGAUCAAACGUUGCGGCUCUAAGCAACCCGCCACUGCCCUUGAUAAUCACCAAGAUUGUCAGACCAGAGUUCGUGAGCUCGAACAACAGAACAAUUCCUUUCAGAAGGAGAUUGAAGAGCUUAAGUACAAGCUUGCAAAUGUACCUUCCAUUUCUACUGAUAGUGCUAUGAAGGUCAAAGAGGAUUAUCUUGAAAAGUUGACCACCCUUCAAGAUCAGGUUGCGGAUUUAAAGAACAAGCUAGAAAUUAAGUCUCAAUUCUCAGUCCAAAGACCAAAGGGCGAUGAAGCAACAAAAAGGUCGCAAUUUGAGAUUCAGAAUUUGAAGGCUCAAAAGGUUCAACUGCAAUGUAAGCUGAAGGUAGAGUCUCUGCAGUUAAGGUUAAACAAGACCUCACAUGAAAAAGAAAUUCUUCAGCUCAGGAGAGAGUAUACAAGGAAUCAGUUUCAGAUGAAUAAGCUUUUAGAUGCUAACCGGAGAUUAAAGAUGGUUGUGCAACGUAAGACUAUAGAAGCUUCCAUGGCUACCAAACGGCUAAAAGAGCUGCUUGAAUCUCGACAAACUUUGUCACACAGAGGCAGAAAAGCUGGUACCAGAAAUGAGACUAAUGCAGGAAUUCAGAGCUUGGGGCAUGACUCUGAACUAACGACACUGCAUGCUUUGUGUGCUGAAUAUGAACGUCAAAUGGAAGUAAUGGAUGAGGAGAGUGAUAAGCUAAAGGAAGAAGUUGAGGAACUGAGGCAAGAGAAUUUAAGGUACCAACUAGAGGAGAGAGAAACUCUUUCCUUGGAGAAGGGUUUUGACAUAAAUGAGUUGAAGGAAGAAGUAGUUAGCAUUAGUGGUUUGUUUAGAGAAUUAAGAUUGCAAAAGGAAGAACUAGAACAAGUCAACAAGGCACAGGGUGUGUCAAGCCAUUCCUCUACAGUCGUUGCAAGUAAUCUGUCCACAGAGGAGGGCACCAGUUUAUCAGAAUCCGAACAUUCUAUACCAAGUGUAGCUGCAAGGUACAAGAAUGAAUCGAGCACAUGCUGCUCGUGUAGCAAGAAAUCUUUGUGCAAAACAUCCAAAUGUGUAUGUCGGAGCAAUGGUGGGAGCUGUGGGGCAUCAUGUGGCUGCAUAGCUUCGAAGUGCUCUAAUAGAGUAAAAUUGCCACUUCAGUUGAAUGAUGACUCAUCAGGACCAGAGAUUGCUUCCCAUGGCACAAUGCUACUUCAGAAUGCACUCCUUGAGCAGCAGCCUUCUGAGAAGAAUGACCAUCAGGGGCCAUCCAAGAAACCCUUAACUGACAUUGGAAAUAUACGGUUGCGUCAAGGGCGUAAAAUUUGAUAUUAUUACGUAAACUGUCAUUGACUAAUUGAUUGUAUUGUUUGAUUUUGAGACUAGAAAAAACAUCAAAAGGAUUCAAUUUUUGAUGUGAUUUGAAUUUGUAAAAGAAAAAUGUGGCCACUGGCUAAAGAUGUUUCUCGUGGUGUAUGUCGUAUGUCACAACAAAUUUAAUAAUUAUUUUCUUAUUAAAUUUACCAA